AUGGCACCAAUCGCGACUUCAGAUCUGAAGUCUGAUUUACCGAGCACCAUGGUCGACCCGUCCGUGUUUCCUUCGCCAAAUGCGGACAAAGAACUGACGAGGCUAUGGAACUUGCACGGCGAACCUCACAGCACGAACUUCUCCAACCCAAGCUUGUCGAGCAUUGCUGCUUUGGUCCGGCACAAUGCGGCGACACAGCCACUGCAGGCGGCAUUCAUAUCCCCCGUAGACAACUCAUUCGAGGUGUUCAAUUGGUCUACGCUCCAGAAUCUUUGUUGCGAAGCAUCAGGAUAUUAUUCAGAGAAACUCCGGAAUGAGAUCGAACACGCCAAUCAGACCGGUCAGCAACCCACAGUCGCGCUGCUGGGAACUGGGACCUCGAUUGAUUACUUGGUCACACAAAUCGCCUUGAACAGUCUGCAUAUCCGGGUCCUUCUGCUCAGCAACAAGAACUCGCCCGCAACAAGAGAUCACCUUCUCCAGGUGUGCAACGCAGUCGCCAUCGUCGUUGACAAGGCGAACGGGGCAUCUCUUGGCGAGGGAGAGGCCUGUAGACUCUCGAUUGUCGAUCUGGCCAGCCUCGCUGACCUGCGCGAGAGUAGCCAGAAGGCCCCAAAGGAUAAGAUAGCGUUUGAAACGACUGACGAGUGGAACUUGCAAUCAAUGAUAAUUCACUCGUCGGGCUCCACGGGAAUGCCAAAGCCGAUCAUCCAUACCAACAGGAGUUUGUGUCAAAUCGCCAGGAUGUACAGAUUACUGCCAGAAUAUUUUAUAGAGAACUGGUAUCUCUGCUUUCCGCUUUUCCAUAUUGCAGGGCUAUCAAUUGUUUUGUCGGGCAUCCCGACAGGACUUCCGACGUCCCUUCCUCCUGCAAACUGGCCGCCAGCCCCGAGUUCCAUUCUCUCGGCGUGGAAAGCUCUGGAGGAGAUUGGUUACCCGGCUGACUGCCUCCAUUGCGCCCCCUCUGUUAUUGAGGACUUGUAUGAAUACAUAUCCCUGACCACCAAAGACUUCACACCUCUCACGCGGUUGAAGGUGUUGCAGCCAGGCGGGGCUCCCCUGUCUCCUGCGAUGCUGAAAAAGCUUCAAGCGCUUGGGGUAAAUGUGAAAACUACCUACGGGACUACCGAGAUAGGGCCGCCCCUUCGAACGAUACCACACACGAAAGACAAUCCUGACGUGUAUCGGUUCCGAAAUCUCUACCCGGAAUCGCCCUUGGUGCAAAUGGAGCCCUUGGGAGACGGCUUGUUUGAGUGCGUCGUCUACAAAGGCUUCCCUCUCGCAGCGGAGCUUUGGCUUGACAAGUCAGCGCCGAACCCAUAUCGUACGGGAGAUCUUUUUCUCCAAGACCCUCCCGGAACUGGAUAUUUCGUGCUUCAGGGCCGGCGUGACGACAUCCUCGUACACAGUAACGGCGAAAAGACACACGCUACGGCGCUCGCCAUGUCUUUGGAGGAAAACAAAACCAGUAUUAUCUCAAAGACGGCAGUGUUUGGUACGGGAAAACCAUGCCCUUCUCUCGUUGUUGAGAUCCGCUGGGACCGUUGGGACAAGGUGCGCGAGACGUCAGAUAUGCAUCUCGACGAAGCCGUGUGGGAAGUGGUACAGGAGUGCAAUGAGAAGGUUGCGGCUUACUCCAGGAUUCCCCGCGAGAUCAUUCUCAUUCUCGGAAGGGACGAGACCCUCCCCGUCACACCCAAAGGAAAUGUGCGACGCAAUAUUGCGUGGGAGUCCUAUGGAGACAGGGUAGAGGACUUGUACAACCGCUUCCUCGGUGACACGUCAACCACCGAUGGUCUUGACAAUGUUAUACCCAGCGAUGCCGAUAUUUCGCCGGCAGAAACCAUUCAACGAGCCGUGGCUGGUGUCCUGGGGCUUUCUCAGGAAGAUAUAGCCGAGGACCAGGAUUGGUACGGGCUCGGGCUGGACUCCCUCCGCGCAGUCGAACUGCGGUCGAAGCUGGUCAAGGUUUACGGGAGCUUUCCUCUGAUGUUCAUCUUCGAAUAUCCAACAGUGAAAGGACUACUCGGGUUUCUCCAGAACUACAAGAGAGAAGGGUCCGGCGGCGAGGCCUCCGUCCAAGAUCAGCACCAUGCGUGGGCCGAGUCGACUAUCCAGCACAUGAACCGCGAAAUUGACCAGUGGGCGACCCUAGCGCCUCAAAGCAUCGGCAACAGCCCAGAUAAUGGAGAGGUCGUGUACUUGACAGGUGCCAGCGGCGCUCUGGGCAAUGCUUUGUUGGAAGUUCUCGUUCAGCUGCCGGCAGUUAAGAAGGUCUACUGCGCCGUACGAGGGGCCGAUUCGCAAGCUCGAGUGAGGGACUCGAUGAAGUCGAGGGGCUACUCGGAGCACAUCUACCAGAGCGAGAAGAUCUUCGCGGUCGACUACGACAUGAAAGACACAAGCCUGGGAUUGGACGGCCAAACUUUUGAGCUGCUGGCCAGCGAAGUAACUCUCGUAAUGCACAACGCCUGGAAACUGGAUUUCAACCAGCCAAUCCAGCAAUUUGAGAAUGACUGCUUAAGAGGCACCAUGAACCUGAUGUCCUUUUGCCUGAGGGGAGCGAAGAAGAAGUUCGUUUUCAUGAGCAGCGUCGCCGCAGCGAUGGGCAACCAGUCUGGCACAAUAGUUCCGGAACUGCCUCUUGGCCCUGAUCCCGCAAACGCACUCUCCACGGGGUAUGCGCAGUCCAAAUUCAUCGUGGAACAAGUCACGCAGCACUAUGCUUCUGUGCUCAAGAUGCCUGUCCAUAUUCUCAGAGUUGGCCAGCUGUGUGGUCAUUCGAGACUGGGGGUAUGGAACCAUACGGAGAUGUGGCCGAUCCUUAUGAUGACCGGGCUGGAUGUGCUCUCAGCAAUGCCAGUGCUGCAGACCAAAGUCGACUGGCUUCCGGUCGACAUUUGUGCAGAGGCUAUUCAGAAGGCGGUGUUCUCCUCUGCCGAUGAGUCUCCGUAUGCUGUGACUAACCUCGUUAACCCGGCCCCCAUUUCCUGGGAUGAGUUGCUCUCUCUGCUGCGUGAGGCCUCGGGGCUCGAAUUUGCACGCGUGGAGAUGAGCGAAUGGGUUUCCCUGCUAGAGACCCAAACAAGUCCCGCCGGCCCGCAGGAUCACAAGACUCCGGCAUUGAAGCUUUUAAGUUUCUUCCAGGAAAUGGCUAAAGGAUCCGGAAACGGUGAGGGCGUGGUGUUCGAGGCGAGCAAAGUAGGCGGUGGACGACGAAUCGACGUUCAUAUGGUGGGAAAAUGGUUGGAGAAAUGGCAACAAGCUGGGCUUCGGGGGUUUUAG